UGAAAUUCAAAUGCCGUUGGUGAGUACCUGCUGCUUCCUGGAGAUCAUUAAAAAACAAAUCCUUAACAAGCGCUCUCCCUCUUCAACGGUCCUCUUUUUUCCUUCAAACGGCUACUACUCUUUCUCUCUCUCUCUAAAGAUUUCACAUUUCAGUUACACAAUACAUCUCCAGGCUCUCCAUCAAAAUUCAAACCCCAAUUCCUACUUUUUUCCCAAGCUUUCCAAGAAAAGAAAAGCGAAGCCCAGGUUUUCUCUUUCUCAGGAAAAUCUCAAAAUCACCAGCGUCUGCUGUAGCAAGAAAAUCCGUACAGCAGAUAAUUAACGUUCGUUAAUUCGCUCUCUCAGGUAUAACUUCUUCAAUAUGUCUAAUCUCCAAAGUGAGCAGCUUCUGCAAAUGGAAACAACAUGUGGAUCACUUUUAUAUGAACUUCAGAUAAUUUGGAACGAAGUUGGGGAGUCUGACAAAGACAGGGAUAAGAUGUUGCUUGAGCUUGAGCAGGAGUGUCUAGAAGUAUACAGAAGAAAGGUAGAUCAGGCAAAUCGGUGUAGGGCACAGCUAAGGCAAGCAAUUGCUGAUUCUGAAGCAGAACUAGCAGCAAUCUGUUCUGCAAUGGGGGAGCGACCAGUACAUAUUAGACAGUCUGAUCAAAAUGCUGGAAGCUUGAAGGAAGAGCUCAGCAAAAUAGUUCCACAGCUGGAGGAGAUGAAGAAAAGAAAAUUGGACAGAAAUAAUAACUUUCUGGAAGUUCUAGAGGAGAUACAAAUUAUUUCAAGUGAGAUUAAUGGGAGCACAGAGUAUAGUUCUUCUAAGACGGUUGUUGAUGAAACUGAUUUGUCAUUAAGAAGGCUUGAAGAAUUGCACAGACAGCUGCAUGCACUCCAAACUGAGAAGAGUGAUCGGCUGAAGCAGAUACAGGACCACCUGUGUACAUUGAACUCACUUUGCUUAGUUCUGGGUAUGGAUUUCAAGCAGACAAGUAGUGAGGUUCAUCCCAGUUUAGAUGAUUCAGAAGGAUGCAAGAAUAUAAGUAAUGAUACAAUUGAGCGGCUGGCUGCUGCAAUACAAAAAUUACGGGAGGUUAAACUACAGAGAAUGCAGAGGCUUCAAGAUCUUGCAUCUACCAUGUUAGAGCUAUGGAACUUGAUGGAUACGCCAAUUGAGGAGCAACAGAUGUUUCAGAAUAUAACCUGUAAUAUUGCUGCUUCAGAACAUGAGAUAACUGAACCGAAUACACUCUCUGUGGACUUCAUCAAUUACGUUGAGGCAGAAGUGUCUCGGUUGGAAGAGUUGAAAUCAAGUAAAAUGAAAGAGCUUGUUCUUAAGAAGAGGUCUGAGCUAGAGGAAAUCUGUAGAAAGACACAUAUGGUCCUAGAAGCAGAUAGCGCAAUUGAUUACGUCAUUGAAGCUAUAGAUUCAGGAGAUGUGGACCCUGCUUGUGUCCUCGAUCAAAUUGAGCUUCAGGUUGCAAAGGUUAAAGAGGAAGCUUUUAUCAGGAAAGAAAUACUUGAAAAAGUUGACAAAUGGUUGUUUGCGUGUGAUGAGGAGUGCUGGCUCGAGGAGUAUAACAGGGACGAAAACCGAUACAAUGCUGGAAGAGGAGCUCAUCUUACUCUUAAACGUGCUGAGAAAGCACGUGCUCUGGUUAAUAAACUUCCAGCAAUGGUGGAUGCAUUGGCUUCAAAAACCAUAGCAUGGGAGAAGGAGAGAGGCAUUGAUUUCACAUAUGAUGGUAUCCCUCUUCUUUCCAUGCUUGAAGAGUAUACUAUUUUACGCGAGGAGAAGGAGCAAGAACGCCGAAGGCAGCGGGACCAGAAAAAAAUUCAGGGUCAGCUCAUAGCUGAACAAGAGGCACUUUAUGGGUCAAAACCAAGUCCUUCCAAACCUCAGAGUGUAAAGAAAGCUCCCAGAAUGUCAACUGGAGGUGCAAGUAAUAGAAGACUUUCGAUGCAAGCUCCUAAACCUGAUCCACUUCACUCGAUCAAAGCUACUCCUCAUUCACGUCCAACCCCAAGGAAGGCUGACCGAAUCCACCAGAAUGAGCAAUUAAGUAAUUAUCUGGAUGAUGGCUUUUCAGCUUUGUCCUCAGGCAGGAGAGGCUUGGAUGUUGCUGGUCUUCCUGUUAAAAAGCACUCUUUUGGUGCCACAAAUGCUUCUGAAGUGGAGACACCCACAAUGCGGAAACCCUUCUCACCCAUUUCUAUUCCAACUGAAAAUGGUGCAAUGACUACUCCUUUGAAGUCUACCAAUCUUGCAGAUGAAGAGAAUAAGACUCCCAAGGUGAUGCCAAUUUUUGUGCCAACGACGCCAUCAACGGUGUCAGUACCCAUGCAGACAGCUAUGACCCCAGCUUAUCCACCAAUUCCUUUUGCUGCCAAUGUAGUCGAAGAAAUCCCUGAAGAGAUUGAAUACUCUUUUGAGGAAAGAAGAGCUGGUUUUGUGCUCCCAAAAGCACAUAUCAAGUCCAUGAUACAAGUUUGAUAGAUUAGUUAAUUUCUGGUGAACUUGAAUUAAGUGUUGUUUUAGCAUUUCUUUUUUCCUUUUGUGUUUUGGUUUUCUAAUUUUCAAGUCAAUUGUAAUUGGCUUCCUGAUCUGGUGUACAUAGUCUACGACCAGUGAACGUGGACUAAGUUGUCUGAACCUGUUCCCUCUUGAUUAAUCAAUGUGAUCAUCAUUAAGUUUUCUG